UAUCCAAACUCUUAAUUUUGGAGUUCUUUUGGGCAAAUGACAAAAAUACAUUUUGUUACAGAAAAUUAUUUACUUCAUCAUUAAACCGGUUGGUGAAGUGAAAGCGACGCCGUUUUAGCACUUUGGGCUUUUUAACUUACUAAAGCCGUUGAACAGAGAAGAAAAUCUGUUGCUAAUUUCGCCAUCCUUGAACGGCCAAAAUUUUAAGAGAUGAGCAAGAAAAACCUGGCGAUUCUGUUGCGCGCUAGGAUGAGAUCGUCUAACCAUUCCGCCAAAUCGUCCCUUUCUCAGUUUACUAAAGAGAUCCCAUCCAAUCCUCAAGAGAAUCAUUCUGGAGAUCACAUAGUGAGAAACUCUAGUGAGCUUGAUACCAUAGGAAGGGUAUAUGAUGUAGUUCGUGAAACAAUGCACACAGCUAUCUCUGCUACUAAAACCGGUGGCUCAGACAUUACUCUUAAUGACUUUGAAGAGGGAUACUUUAGCCUCUCCAUUGAAGACCGUAAGAAACUACUGCUUGCCUUAGCCAAAGAAUACGAUGUUAACAGAGAGCAAGUCCGAGAACUCAUCAAGCAAUAUCUUGGACUUGAAACCCCAUCGAGUGAUGAUGAUGCAGAGCUUCAUUCUUCUCCAAAGAAGGAGGCUUCAUCUUCUGUUUUCUAUCGCGUUGAGUGGAGUCUGAGACAUGCUCUCAAGCCAACUUAUGAAACUUUCUUUGAGAGGUUGAAUACUCAUCCUGGAGGGUUGCGGUUUCUCUCCAUCCUCCGCGCUGAUCUUCUCUCCAUACUCACGAAAGAUAACAUGCCCUCUUUGCGAGCAUUAGAUUCAUAUCUAAAGGAGAAACUAGGGAUGUGGCUUAGUCCUGCUACUUUAGAGCUUCAUCAAAUCACUUGGGAUGAUCCUGCUUCCUUGCUUGAGAAAAUCGUCGCUUAUGAGGCGGUGCAUCCAAUCAGCAACCUCUUGGAUCUCAAAAGAAGAUUGGGAAUAGGUCGUCGAUGCUUUGGUUAUUUUCAUCCAUCUAUCCCUGGUGAACCUCUUAUUUUCAUCGAAGUUGCUCUUAUGGAAACCGUUGCUCAGACAAUUCAGGAAGUUUUGUGGGACAAUCCACCCAUACCAGAGAACCAAGCAACAUGCGCUUUGUUUUACUCCAUUUCUUCAACUCAGCCUGGCUUAGCUGGGAUAAACCUAGGUAAAUUUCUGAUCAAACGAGUGAUUACAUUGGUGAAGAAAGAAAUGCCACAUGUUUCUACAUUUGCAACACUAAGCCCCAUCCCUGGAUACAUGCAAUGGCUCCUCUCGAAGCUAUCAUCUCAGUCAAGAUUUGCUGAAGAAGAGCGCGGUGGUGGGACACAGAGCAAUCCAUCUUCAUCUACUUUCAGCGAGAAAGUAUUACUACCAGGAGAGGAACAAGCCCUCAUGAGUCUAUCAGAUGAUUCUUCUUCCGGUAGCAACGGCAUGAAAGUUCUGUUGAACUUGCUAUCAGCAAAGAACUGUGAUUGGGCUACUUCACCUCGUAUAUUACCAGUUUUAGAACCUAUUCUGAUGCGGUUGUGUGCUAGGUACCUCUUGCAGGAGAAGAAGAGAGGAAAAGCUUUAGACUCUGUUGCUAACUUCCACUUGCAAAAUGGAGCGAUGGUUGAAAGAAUAAAUUGGAUGGCGGAUAGAUCAGAGAAAGGUAUUCAUCAAAGUGGAGGCAUUAUGGUUAACUAUGUCUACAGGUUAGAGAAUAUUGAAGACUUUGCUCAAUCAUAUUUUGGGUCGGGACAAAUCCAUGCCUCUCCUGGUAUCCAUUCCCGUCUCUAAGUAAACUCCACAAAAGAUCUAAAAACUUUUACAAAUGUAAAAGUAAAAAUAAAAUUUGAAGUGUAUUUUUGGAAGCUUAAGAUACUGCUAAAGUAUAAAGGGCUUUGCAUUAGUUAUGAGAAGGAAACGGAAAUUGAUUUGUGCAUUAUAUCAAAGUCAUAAUAAAUGUAAGAAUAUAAAGAAAGAUAUACGAAGCAUAUGGAUAAAUAUAAAAUGACUGUUUAGUUA